GUCGACUUGCUCCGUGGACAUCAUCAUCAGAAUUCAUUUCAUCGUCUCUCUUCCUGGCCGCACUUCACAGCUGCUCAUCCCUCCCACUCCCACGCACCAUAAUCCGCACUGAACGUCGUCGUUCACUACCACACAACUCAAAAACCAAAAGCCAUCAUCCAUGGGUGUAGAGGAGAAAGAUAUUGACGAUCUCCCGAAGAACGCAGCCAACUAUACAGCUUUGACUCCACUGGUGUUCCUGCAAAGAGCUGCUUUGGUUCAUCCCGAUCGUACAUCCAUCAUCCACGGCUCCAAUCGUUACACCUGGCUCCAGACUUACCAACGCUGCCGCCGAUUAGCCUCCGCUCUCGCUAAGCGUUCCGUCACCUUCGGUAGCACUGUUGCAGUAAUUGCACCAAAUGUGCCGGCAAUGUAUGAAGCACAUUUUGGGGUUCCAAUGGCCGGAGCUGUUCUGAAUGCUGUCAAUAUCCGUCUAAAUGCACAGACUAUUGCAUUUCUUCUGGGGCACUCGGCAUCUGCUGUUAUAAUGGUUGACCAAGAAUAUUUCUCCCUGGCUGAGGAAGCUUUAAAAAUUUUGGCUGAGAAGAGCAAAGGCUACUUUAGACCCCCUCUUCUUAUUGUUAUUGCUGAUAAAACCUGUGAUUCAAAGUUGCUCCAGCAUGCUCUUUCAAAAGGAGCAAUGGAAUAUGAGAAAUUUCUGGAAACUGGUGAUCCAAACUUCGCAUGGAAACCACCACAAGAUGAGUGGCAAAGCAUUGCUCUUGGUUAUACUUCUGGCACAACAGCGAGUCCUAAGGGAGUGGUGCUCCAUCAUCGAGGUGCAUAUCUUAUGGCUCUCAGUAAUCCUGUUAUAUGGGGCAUGAAAGAAGGGGCAGUUUAUCUUUGGACUCUACCUAUGUUUCAUUGUAAUGGUUGGUGUUUUGCUUGGUCACUAGCUGCUAUUUGUGGGACAAGUGUAUGCCUUAGACAGGUAACGGCAAAGGCAGUGUAUUCAGCCAUAGCCAAUCUUGGAGUAACCCAUUUCUGUGCUGCUCCAGUGGUGCUCAAUACAAUAGUGAAUGCUCCAAAAGAAGAGACGAUCCUUCCUCUCCCUCGUGUUGUGCAUGUGAUGACUGCUGGUGCUGCUCCGCCACCUUCUCUUCUGUCUGCAAUGUCUCAAAGAGGAUUUCGUGUUACGCACACUUAUGGCCUAUCUGAAACCUAUGGCCCUUCCACCAUAUGUGUGUGGAAACCUGAAUGGGAUCUGCUGCCACCUGAAAACCAAGCGCGAUUAAAUGCUAGACAGGGUGUGCCAUACGUUGCUUUGGAAGGCUUGGAUGUUGUCAACACGAGUAAUAUGAUGCCUGUCCCUGCUGAUGGAACCACAGUGGGAGAAAUUGUUUUUAGAGGUAAUGUCGUGAUGAAGGGAUAUUUGAAGAACCCCAAAGCCAAUCAGGAGGCAUUUGCAAAUGGUUAUUUUCAUUCUGGUGAUCUUGCUGUUAAACAUCCAGAUGGUUACAUUGAAAUUAAGGACAGAUCAAAGGAUAUCAUUAUAUCUGGAGGUGAAAAUAUUAGUAGUGUAGAAGUAGAGAAUAUUCUGUACCAACAUCCUGCAAUAUUGGAAGUUUCAGUGGUUGCAAGACCAGAUGAACGAUGGGGGGAGUCACCUUGUGCGUUUGUCACGUUAAAGGGAGAAGCUGAGAAAUCUAACCAACAGCGCUUGGCAGAAGAUAUAAUGAAUUUCAGUCGUUCCAAGAUGCCAGCAUAUUGGGUCCCAAAAUCUGUGGUAUUUGGACCAUUGCCAAAGACGGCAACCGGAAAAAUUCAGAAACACUUGUUGAGGGCCAAGGCAAAGGAGAUGGGACCAGUGAAGAAGAGUCGCUUAUGAGCAAUUAGGCUAAAUGAAACGCCUUCCGGAUGCUGUUUUUCCUUUUCUUUUUCUUUUAAAAUAAAAUGCUACCUCACCAGUGUCUCCGACCUCUCUGUCUCUCUCGUCUUUCUAAAGCUGUGAACCUUACUUUGUUAUAGCCUUGGGAACCUCGCUGCAUUACAUUAAAAUCGUUUCAUAUUCAUGUUCGUGUGACUUCAGCUAGCUUGCUUCA